GGGUGAGGACACUAGAAUGUAUAAAACUCAAUGCUUGACGGUAAUCAAACAAUGGUUAGGGAUGGAUUAAUUCAAAUCAUUACAAGAAAUUCGGAUAUUGCUUUCGGAUUUUACUGGCGGACGCAGCCCUCAAUAAAACAACAGCUGAAAUUUCUGCCACUAAAAAUUUCCAGUAAAUUACAAGAAUUAAAUUCCCACCUACUCCGCCUAAAAUCUUUAUGGCACACACAUAUCUUAUUCGGCCAGAUCUCACUCUAGCCAUUCUUGGCGCAACGGAGCACAUUCAACUGGUAUGAGGUUGUGUAUGUGCCAUAUUCGAGUGCAAAGAGAGGGAUCAAUAGAUGACUUUCCAUUCUUUAGUGCAUGAGUGAGCUUUUGUGGAGAAAGAUCUGGGUGAGAGUUUAACUCAUGCAGGAUGGUUUCAUUGAUAUAUGUUGUUUACAUUUUACAAUGUAAAAUGAAAGAAGAAUGAUUUAGGAGAGUACACAUUGGAUGGUGACACUAAGAUCGAUGCUUUCGAUUGAGAUGCUAGUAAAGUGGACUUUGAAUGGUUUCUGAAGCGUGUUUACGAAGAGACGAGUUAUAACCUCAAUAUUCAUAAACUGAUGAUCUCAUUUCAAGUCCCACACUUUGGUAAAGGUGUUGUUCCUUAUAGUUUAUGUAAUACUACCUCCGUCCCUUUUAUAUUAGGACGGAAGAGGGUUGCACAGUUAUUAAGAAAAGUGGGUUUGUGUGGUUGAUAUUAAUUGAUAAAGUAAGAAUAAAGUAAGAAUGAUUUAUAUCCACACAAACUUUACCAAAUAUGGUAUUGGACCAUUUUAGUGGGACUCCCCGAAAAAGUAAAACGAGACAAUAUAAGGGGGACGGAAGGAGUAAUAAAGUACUUUCCGUAUUUUUGAGAGACAAAAAAAUGCAUUCAACUAUACUUAAUGUUAAGGAUACAUUUUUUCAAUGCAAUAUUGUUAUGGAAUGAGAUCCUAAUUAUCAAUGCCAGGAUUCAUUACAUGAUGAAGAUGUUGUUGUAUCCACACAUAAAAGAUUUGACACACCUAUACAAGUAUCCGAUCUUACUCCUACCAAAGUAGCUAAUCCUGACGACCAAGUUUAUAGGUAAGAUCAGAUACUUCUAUAGGUGUGUCAAAUCUUUUAGGUGUGAAUACAAUAGCAUUAUCAUCAUGCGAGGAAUUGAAUCCUGAUAUUGAUAAUUAGGAUCUCCUUCCACAACAAUGUUACAUUUGAAAAAUGAAUACUUAAAGAUAACUUCAUCAUUCUUAGAACAAUCCUCCCCAUACUAUGAGUAGUUUAUCCUAACAGAUGGUACCUCUUGAUCAUAUUCUACCUCUUCAAUCUCUUCAAUAAUAGAAUGUACUUCAAUAACCUCAACAACCUCAACAUUAGGUAUAACUGAAUGCAUUUUUUUUCUUUUAAAAAUACAUAAAGUGCUUUAAUUUUCUCUAAAAUAUAAGGAACAACACCUUUACCAAAGCGUGAGACUUGAAAUGAGAUCUUCAGUUUAUGAACACCGAGGUUAUAACUUGUUUUUUCGUAAACACACUUCAGAAACAAUUCAAAAUCCACUUUACUAGCAUCCCAACAAUCGAAAUCACCAAUCUUAUCCAGUGGCCGAAAUGGACAGGGGCGGAUGCAGUAUAGAAGUAGUGGGGGCACAUGGCCCCAACAAAAGAUACGAAUGUUUUAAAAAUAUACCGGCCAAAGCAAAUGGUAUCCAAAGCAAAUGUGGAUAUCAUGUGCAUAGUUCUGAUACAAUACAAACUUCACAUCUUCAUCAAGAACGCCCCCUAUAAAGCUCUUUAUGGUCAAGAACCUUCAACCAUUAUUCGAGGGGCAGCCAAUGAGGAAGUAUCAAGGCUCACUGCUGAAAGAAACAUAAUGCUGGAAGAAUUAAAGAAGACAUUGUCAACAACUCAGAAUAAAAUGAAGCGAGAGGUGGAUGGAAAAAGAAGGGAUAUGCAACUGGAGCUGGGGGAUAAAGUCUAUUUAAAGAUUCAACCAUACAAACUGAAAAGCUUGGCUAAAAGGGUGAACCAGAAACUAAGUCCAAGAUUCUACGGACCCUUUGAGGUGAUUGAGAAAAUCAAUCCUAUUGCUUUCAAACUGAAGUUACCAGAAGUUUGUGCAGUACACCCAGUCUUUCACAUUUCAUUGGUGAAGCACCUAGCAUUCCCUGCCAACCGUUAUCUAAAUGCUUUUAUGAGGAAUGGGACCUACACGCCACCCCU